UUCGCGCCAACAGUCACAACAGUCAAACGUCAAAAAUAAAAACAAUCUUGGAAAUGAUGGAAUAAUUUAUUUAUGAAUGUUUUUUUGUUUGUUUAUUUUAACUUUUAAGUUUUAACGCGAUAUUAUUGAAUACCAUGGCGGAUUCUAUAGCGGCUUCCAGAGCGAAGCGGCAGAAAGUGGACAAACAUGGUCGUAUGUCGGCAUUCGAGAGGUUGAAACAACUGAAAGGGAAAGGUUCGAAACACAAAUAUGACGUGGAGGAAAUGGAAAAUGUGUACGAUACAGUGGACGAGUCAGAGUACAGUGAACGUGUAUUGCAGAGGCAGGAAGAGGACUGGAUUGAGGACGACGGGACAGGCUAUGUGGAAGAUGGCAGGGAAAUAUUUGAUGAUGAUGAGAUUCAAGACUCCUAUGAAGCAACAAGCAGCAAAGAAUCCGGACGUGGGUUGAAAAGAAAAGCUAAAGUGGCACCUCAGCCUUCUGGGAAGGGCAACAUCAGGAACCUAUUGGGUUCUAUGCCAACUAAGAAAAAAGAGGAUGUAAAAAUAUCAGAUGAUAAUAUUUUAUCGGAUAUCAUGUCAGAUUUGGAUGGCAGUGCUCCAUCCUCAGUGGUCAAACCAAAGGCCAUUAUUCCAAACAAAACCAAUAUCAUUGAAUCUAGCAAGAGGGAUGCACAGAAUUACUUCAAAAGCCUUUCGUCUUCAGUGAAAAAGCCUACUCCUGUAGUUAAAAGCAAAGAACCUAAAAAGGAAAUUGUGGAACAAAAUAAUACAACUGAAAAUCAAUCCAAUGGUCAUGCAGUAUUAAAGAAACCAAAAUGGAAAAUCGACAAAGAAAUAAAACAAGAACUGGAAGACUCGGCCACUCAGAACAUAGAAGAAUUUUCCACACAAGACAUUGAUUUUAACGAUGACUUUAGCAAUGAUGCUAUAUUAUGUCAAGUUAAGGAAGUAAAAGAAGAAAACGCAAGUCCAAAUACUGUUUCUAAAACCAAAGAACAGACUCCAAGUAUAUCUAACACUUGUAAUACAAUAACAGAUGUGGCUGAAGAGUUUUUGAACGAAGAUUUUGAAAUUUUUCCCACAAAAAAAGUGAAGACUGAAUUGAAGCCCUUAACUAGUAAUUGGACUGAUCAGAGUGAUAAUCAAGUCGUAGUGGCGGUUCAAGGUGACGGACAGUUGCCUUUACAAAGUAAUAAGGAAGGGGAGAAGGUAUUAAAAUUUUACUGGCUGGAUGCUUGGGAAGAUAGAUUCGUGAAGCCUGGAGUUGUAUAUUUAUUUGGUAAAGUGUAUGUGAAUCCAUCAAACAAGAAGGCUGGUUGCGCUUCAUGCUGUCUGGUCGUUAAGAAUGUUAAUAGACAACUGUUCUUGCUGCCUAGAGAAUAUAAAUUGGACCCUAUAACUCUAGAGCCCACGGACCAGGAGGUCACAAUGAUGGACGUGUACCAAGAGUUCAACACGGCAGUGGCCACUGAGCUGGGCCUCAAAGAGUUUAAGUCAAGGAAGGUCACUAAGAACUACUGCUUUAACCUGCCCGAUAUUCCCGCCCAAUGCGAUUACUUGGAAGUUAGAUAUUCUGCAUCAGUCCCACCUCCACCGACCAACAAGAAGUACCUAACAUUCUCACACAUUUUCGGCACCAACACAUCCUCCUUGGAAACAUUCCUACUGGAAAGGAAAAUUAAAGGCCCAUGUUGGCUGGAGGUGAAAGAAAUAGACAACGUCCAGGCCAAAGUGUCGUGGUGCAAACUAGAAGCGGCCUGCGAUAGAAUAGAACAUAUCAAUGUUAUCAGGAAUGAUAGCGACUUGGAACCCCCGCCCAUUGUUAUUGCAGCUCUGAAUAUGAGAACAAUGACUGAUCCUAAAACAAAUAAGACUAAGAUAUUGAUGCUGAGUUGUCUGGCACACAACUCGUUUCCCAUACACAAGCCACCACCGAACCCACCUUUCAAUCAACAUUUUUGUGUGAUGACAAAAUGCAACGAAAUCUGGCCACUCGACCUGAAACAACAAUUGCCUCAGUACAAAGCCACUAAACUAACCAAAUGUGACACUGAAAGGGAGCUCCUAAACUAUUUCAUGGUACAGUUCUGGAAGUUAGACCCAGAUUUGGUCGUCGGCCAUGAUUUGCAAGGCUUCCAACAGGACUUGCUUAUCGGGAAUAUACUAGAUUCGCGCAUUCCAAAUUGGUCCAGACUAGGUCGGCUAAAAAGAUCCGUAGCUCCUCAGAAAAAGUUCGCGGCAAAGGAUGCUUUCUUGGGCAGAUUAGUUUGCGAUAUUAAAAUUUCCGCUAUGGAGCUCAUUAGAGCUAGAAGCUUCGAUCUUGAUACCUUAUGCGUUAAUGUCCUUAAGAUUAAAGAAGGCGAACGCGUGGACGUAGCUCUCGAAGAUUUGCCGCGUUACUACGAAAGUAGCAACGACCUUUUACAACUCGUCACUCUGAGUAUGCAAGAUGCGUCUUAUAUCCUUAAAAUUAUGUGCGAACUCAAUGUUAUCCCGUUAGCCCUGCAAAUCACCCAGAUCGCCGGAAAUGUCAUGUCUCGGACUCUGAUGGGCGGUCGAUCAGAGAGGAACGAGUUUUUGCUACUCCACGCUUUUACCGAGAAACAGUAUAUAGUGCCUGAUAAGCUCUAUGGCAAGAAAGCGGCAUCCGAUGACGCGGACGGGGAAGAAAAUGAUGAAGGGUCCAACAACGUCAAUAAGAAACAAGGAAAAAAGAAAGCAGCUUAUUCCGGAGGUCUGGUGCUCGACCCUAAGAAAGGAUUUUAUGAUAAACUCAUCCUUCUUAUGGACUUCAAUUCCUUAUACCCAAGUAUCAUUCAGGAGUACAAUAUCUGUUUCACCACAAUCAAAAGAAGAAACGGCGCUGUCUCCGAUGAUGACAUCAAUAACCUCGUUCUGCCCGGACCUAAUACUGAUUUCGGUGUUCUGCCGACACAGAUUAGGAAACUCGUGGAAAGUAGACGAGAAGUCAAAAAGUUAAUGAAGUCACCCGAUUUGCCAAUUGAACAGUACAUGCAAUAUAAUAUUAGACAGACGGCGUUGAAACUAACGGCCAAUUCCAUGUACGGUUGCUUAGGCUUCACUCACUCAAGGUUUUAUGCUAAACCACUAGCGGCGUUAGUGACCAUGAAAGGGAGAGAAAUUCUAUUGGACACGAAAGAAAUUGUUCAGAAAUUGAAUUACGAAGUUGUUUACGGAGAUACGGACAGUUUGAUGAUAAAUACGAACUGCCUAGACUACGAUUACGUGUUCAAAAUUGGUAAUGACCUCAAACGAGAAAUCAACAAAAAGUAUAAACAAAUCGAAUUGGACAUCGACGGCGUAUUUAAAUAUCUUCUACUCUUGAAGAAAAAGAAGUACGCCGCAGUGGUAAUAAGCAAGAAUAAAAACGGCGAGUUUGUUUAUAUCCAAGAACACAAGGGUCUAGACAUAGUGAGACGUGAUUGGUCCCAGUUGGCCGCUGAAGCGGGAAAAUUUAUUCUGAGCCAAAUCCUUUCAGAACAAUCGGCCGACGAGAGACUCGAAAGUAUUCAGAACCAUUUGAUUAAACUGAAAGAAGAUUUAAUGAACGGUAAGAUCCCGCUGUCUUUGCUGACUAUUACAAAACAACUAACCAAGAAUCCCAACGAAUACGCCGACAAAAGUGCUCAGCCUCACGUCCAAGUAGCUUUGAGAUUGAAUAGCAAAAACAGUAGACGAUUCAAAAAAGGAGAUAUAGUGCCUUAUAUCAUUUGCGAAGAUGGAACAGCAAAUUCAGCAACGCAAAGAGCUUAUCACGUGGAAGAAUUGAAAAACUCCGAGCACCUUAAAGUCGAUUACAGAUACUACUUAGCGCAUCAGUUACACCCUGUUAUAUCGCGUAUAUGCGAGCCCAUAGAAGGAAUGGACCCAGCCAGAGUCGCCGACUGCCUCGGCUUAGACCCCUCCGGUUACAGACAAAUGAUUAAAAAAGAAAACACGAACACUGAACAGUACGAAGUUGAAAACGACCAAGAAAAAUAUAGAUACUGUAAAGAUUUCACGUUCGUUUGCGUGAACGAAGGCUGCAAGAGGGAAAAUAAAAUAAGGGAGACUUUUGUGAAAUUGGACAAAGAAACCAUUCCAUUUUUAGAAAAAUGCCAGAACGAGAAGUGUCCCGUGAAGCCCAUAGAUUAUUUGGCCUGUAUACAAAAUCAACUGACUUUACAAAUGCGUCUGUACCACAAUCUAUAUUACGCUGGCUGGAUCUCGUGCGAGGACCCCGCGUGCGGUUACCGCACGGUUCGUCUGCCGCAAACUUUCGCAAGCGGCUACCCACUUUGCAGACAGUGCGAGAAGGGAGUCAUGUUCAGAGAAUACACUGAAAAGGAUUUAUAUCUUCAGAUAAACUUCUUCCUCUUUUUGUUUGAUCUCAACAAAAAUAAUACUUCAAAAACAAAAGUGGCUCCACAAAUAGUUGCAGCAUUCCAAGUUCUUAAAGAAAUGGUAGAGGAUGUUUUAGCGCAUUCUGCGUAUUCCAUAAUCAAUUUAUCUAAAUUAUUUAGAUUCUUCUCGUUAGAUAAGAAAAAUGGAGGAAAAGUUAAGCCAGAGCCUGUUGAAAUAGAUAUCUUACCAGAAAUUGAACACAUUGAUGCUUUGAUGGAAAUGGGAACAUAUUAAAACUGAAAAGUACUUUCCGUUGUAAAUAAAUUAUCACCUACCAAUUUGUAAUUUUAAGAAAAUAAAUGUUAA